GUUGAAAUGAAUGCUUCCACCACCACUGGAUCUGCAAGUAAGAUCAAGAUGAAGCAACCCUUUGUUGCAGCACCUUCUUCCCCAUUUCUGCUUUUCGUCGUCUCGCCGGCGCUGUUUCGCCGCCGGUUUUCUAUCAUUCCGGCGACCUUGAAGUGAAGUGGAGUGGCAUCAACCGUAAAAACCCCCAAAUUCAAGCGUGUUCUUGGCCUUCCUAUGUAAUUCUUGAAGAAAUGCCGGAUUCCAAUUUCCAAGAUGCGAUGUACGGUUCCGCCGUCGUGAACAACGGUGGCCGGGUUUUGGAUAGCAUUCAGAACCGAGUUGGCGAUGAAGGUGACGACAUUACUGUCGGGGAAGAGUCCAUGGACAAUCCUCAGAUGCGCUUCGAAGAUUCUGGGGGAAUGAACCGAGUCCAGGACAUUGUUCCUUCGUCGUAUGUUUCCGGCUCCGAUUACAACCCUUUGACUGGAAACGGUGGUGCUGACCAACUUACGCUAUCGUUCCGCGGGGAGGUUUACGCUUUUGACUCUGUAUCGCCGGACAAGGUGCAAGCCGUGCUUUUGCUUUUAGGUGGAUAUGAAAUUCCUUCUGGGAUUCCUGCUGUUGGAAGCGUUCCCGUCAACCAACAGGGUACCAAUGGCUUUCCUGUCAGAUCGGUUCAACCACAAAGAGCUGCUUCAUUGAAUAGGUUUAGGGAGAAGAGAAAAGAAAGGUGUUUUGAGAAGAAAAUUCGUUACACCGUGCGAAAAGAAGUUGCACUCAGAAUGCAGCGGAAGAAGGGCCAGUUUAUAUCCUCUAAAGCUAAUGCAGAUGAAGUGGGCUCAUCUUCACUUUUGUCUCAAACGUUGGAUCCUGGACACGAUGAUGGCUUGUUGGAAGCCUCAUGUACACAUUGUGGAACCAGUUCAAAAUCUACUCCGAUGAUGCGUCGUGGGCCUGCUGGCCCUAGGACUCUGUGCAAUGCAUGUGGGCUCAAGUGGGCCAAUAAGGGAAUUUUGAGGGAUCUUUCCAAGGUUUCGAACGCCGGAGUUCAAGAACUCUCCGUGAAGGAUACCGAACAGAGCGAUGGUGAAGCUAAUGAAUCCGACGCUGCAGUUAGUUAAUGUGGAUAUUCUCGCUUCUAAUGGCGAUAAUUAGGCCAUAAACCACAAAAGUUGAUGAACUAACUCUCUGAUAAGUUCGUGCUGUGGCCGAAGUUGGAUCAUUCGAGUAUUCCAACAAAUUAUAUGGAAAUUCAUGCUAUGCUCUGUGCAGUUUAGAGAGUAUAAGAAGAACCAUAAGCAAUGGUAGAAUGAGUUCCCCAUUUGUCACCAAUCAUGUAGCUGAAAAUAGAUGGGAUUCAGAAGGUGGGUUUCAAUGGCGGCCUUUUGGUCGAAGUAUGAAAGAACAAAAGCUCUGAUCAAAGGGCUGGUGAGGUGAGUUGCUGCCUCCACUUUAUGAUAUGAUCUUGUUCUUGUUCUACAAUGUUUGGUUAAGAUUUGUCCAAUCUUUCCCCACAAUGUUUGAUCAAAGGGCUGCUGUUAAGUGCUUCAGAUCACAUUUCUUUUUUUAGCUUAUUUAUGGCUUAGAAGUGAAGGUAAAUAAUUUGUAGUGUAAUUUCUGGCCUCUUAGUUACUUUGUAUUUAAGGGAAUUUUGUGUGGUGUUUUGAUUUUGUGACAUUUUGAGAAUGAUAGUAUUAUGAUCGAGUGAUCAAGUUAAGGUAGAGAGUAAAGUUGUGUUAAGUAUAGAGCUUAUUGUGCGAGAA